CCACCCCCAGCAGAGAAGGGCUGUUCACACUUGAGGCACCCCUGGUCCCUUCUCUGGGUUGGAACAGAACAUCUACAGCUGUUUCCACUGGCAGAGAGAGGGGCCAGACCAGCCAUGGGCCUUCCACGGUCUUAGCACCAGGGGGCAGCGUCCUAGGAGAGCGGGAGCAGCCUCCGACCGCCCCCUUGCUCAGGGACUAGGGGGCUGAGAAGUGGGUCCUGAGCCCGGGCCCCAGGGGGGCCUGGACCAGCAGCUGUGAGGAGCCAGAGCUGAUGCCGGGCCCCCAGGGGGCCCGAAGACCCCCUGCCAUGAGCCUGGGCAAGCUCUCGCCGGUGGGCUGGGUGUCCGGCUCCCACGGGAAGAGACGGCUGACGGCAGACAUGAUCAGCCCCCCGCUCGGGGACUUCCGUCACACCAUGCACGUGGGCCGCGGCGGGGACGUCUUCGGGGACACCUCCUUCCUCAGCAACCAUGGCGGUUCAGGGAGCACUCACCGCUCACCCCGCAGCUACCUGGCCAAGAAGCUACAGCAGGUGCGGAGGGGCGGGUUGCCGGCGCGGAGGAUGGCCUCCCCGCCCGCGCCCUCGCCGGCCCCGCCCGCCAUCUCCCCCAUCAUCAAGAACGCCAUCUCCCUGCCCCAGCUCAACCAGGCCGCCUACGACAGCCUGGUGGUCGGCAAGCUCGCCUUCGACCGCAGCCCCGCCAGCACCGGAGACGGCCACUCCAGUUACGGCCUGGAGUCUGGGUUCUGCACUAUCUCCCGCCUGCCUCGCCCAGAAAAGCCUCGUGACCGAGAACGUGACAGCACCUUCCCCUCUGAGCCUGAGCUUCGCCGCUCUGACUCCCUCCUGUCCUUUCGCCUGGACCUUGACCUUGGGCCAUCUCUCCUCAGUGAGCUGCUGGGGGUCAUGAGCCUUUCAGAAGCCUCUGCAGCUGAGACCCCAGCCCCUGCCACAGACCCCCCGGCCCCUGCCUCAGGCCCCCCAGCCCCUGCCGCAAGCCCCCAGUCACAUGGACGCUUCCCCAAUGGGGUUACUGCUGGGUUGAGCCCUCUGGCCCAGGUGAGGGCCAAUGUGGGGGAAGGGAGUCCCCGUACACCUGCUGACACGGCCCCUAGCAGGCGCUGGGGAGCGGGCUGGGGGGACAGCCAGGGCAGCCGCCACUAUCCAGAGAGAGAUGCCCGGCAGGAGCUGCCCCAGGCCCGGGCUUCGUGGGAGAGCCUGGACGAAGAGUGGGGGGCACCCCAGGCAGGCAGCAGGACCCCCGUGCCCAGCACAGUGCAAGCAAACACCUUUGCCUUUGCUGACGCUGAGGAGGACGAUGAAGUCAAGGUGUGACGAGCUGGCCACGGGCUCGGGCCCCUGCCAGGGCUCAGGGCACCGCCCGGGAACAGCCGGAGUGCAGAGCUGGCACCAGCUAGCUAGGUCCUGCCUGCCCGUGACAGAUGGAGGCCAGGCCCCUCCACGCCUCUGCAGGACAGACAUGGGAGGGAGGCCGGGAGCCACCAGGCUUGUGCUGGGACCCUGUUGUUCCCGUGGGCCCUGCCACUCUGGACCCAGGGCCAUUUCUUCAGCUCACCCCCCACCCUGCCACCCCCACUGGCUGGAGGGCCCAGCCUCACAGUGCAGCCUUUGUGCUGGGAAAGCUGUCUUUGCGGGGGGUGGGGGGGUGAGGAGCAUACCACACAGGGCCUUUGUCUCCUCUCCCAAAGGGACCGCCUGCCCCAGCUCAUCUCUGGAGCUGCCCCCCGCAGGGUCCCUGCUGCAUCCCUCAGAGGCCCAGCCCUUGCUCAGGCUGCUUCCCCAACCUUCCAACCCCAGAGGAAAGUUGGGUGUGACCUCACAGGGGAGGAAUCCCCCCUUGCUGUGCAUCCCAGACCUGCUUCUGGGUCCUGAUUAAAAAAGGCUUUUUGAUAAAA